AUGGUCGCACCUCCUGGCUAUGAUGCAUUGCGGUUCGGCUGCCUGCACGAUGCCAAGUAUGACUCCGUCGGUCGACGCUUGGCGACGGCUUCAUCUGACGGGGUUGUCAGGAUUUGGUGUGCAGACAGCCACCAGAUGGUAGCACAGCUGCCAGCUCACCAGGCCGCUGUGCUGGUCGUGGGCUGGGCUCCAAAGAAGACCCUCCCUGUUCAGCUGGUGAGUGGUGCAGCAGACGGAAGCAUAUUGCUGUGGCGAGAACAGCAAAGUCAGUGGAGCUCGGUGCACCAGCUCACGGUGAGAGGGUCGGCGGUUGCUGCAAGCUUUCGACCUGCUGAGUAUGGCCUCAUGCUGGCCGUCGCCGGCAGUGAGAGUCCGGAGAUAGUUUUCCUUACGCGCAAGGAGGUUGUGGCAAGUCCCGUCCUCCCGGCCGGAGAGCAGUGGCUCUCGAAGGUUCUGGAGGCCCACGCCACAGGUCUGGUGGGCUUGUGCUGGGCACCAGCAGCCAGUCCAGCCACGCUGGCAGCCGGCCCGGCGGCGGCCCGAGCUGCAGCUCGAGCUCCCCUGCGGCUGGUCUCGGCAUCGAGCGACUCUGUCAAGAUUUGGCGAGGAGACGAGAAGAGCGACGCGUGGUCCUUGCAACAUGAGUUAGUUGAGAGAGGAUCUGGGCCGGCAGUCCGUGAUGUUGCAUGGAGGCCCAAUCUGGGAAUACCGUCCAGUUCUAUCGCAGUGUGCUUUGAGGAUGGACUUCUCCAACUAUGGUGGCAGGACAUGGACGGACAACCCUGGAACCUUUCGACUUCCUGGAACCUGGGCGAGGAACCUUUCCGACUCUGUUGGUCUACUGCCGGCUCCCUGCUCGCCGUGACGGGCAAAGAGCAAAGCCACCUCUUCAAGGAGGCAAAGGCAGGGCAAUGGGCAAACGCCUGCCAGCUUGGCGAGUAG